AUGAAUUUCACCCAGCACCGUGGGACACUCCAGCCUCUCCAUUUCUGGAACCACAGCUACGGGCUGCACGGAGGUGCCAGCGAGCCCAAUGCAAAGGGCCACUCCUCAGGAGGCUGCUACGAGCAACUCUUUGUAUCUCCCGAAGUGUUUGUGACUCUGGGCAUCAUCAGCUUGCUGGAGAACGUCUUGGUCAUUGUGGCGAUAGCCAAGAACAAGAACCUCCAUUCGCCCAUGUACUUCUUCAUCUGUAGCUUGGCAGUGGCUGACAUGCUAGUGAGUGUAUCUAAUGGAUCAGAAACUAUUGUCAUCACGCUGCUAAACAAUACAGACACAGAUGCACAGAGCUUUACCAUAAACAUUGACAAUGUCAUUGACUCAGUGAUUUGCAGUUCCUUGCUUGCAUCAAUUUGCAGUCUCCUCUCAAUAGCAGUGGACAGGUACUUUACUAUCUUUUAUGCCCUCCAGUACCAUAAUAUCAUGACGGUGAAGCGCGUAGGGGUCAUCAUCACAUGCAUCUGGGCUGCUUGCACAGUCUCAGGCAUUUUGUUCAUCAUUUACUCUGACAGCAGUGUUGUCAUCAUCUGCCUUAUUAGCAUGUUCUUCACUAUGCUCAUUCUCAUGGCAUCCCUCUAUGUCCACAUGUUCAUGAUGGCUCGGAUGCAUAUCAAAAAGAUUGCUGUUCUUCCAGGGACUGGCCCUAUUCGCCAAGGGGCCAACAUGAAAGGGGCCAUCACUCUCACCAUCCUGAUUGGAGUUUUUGUUGUGUGCUGGGCUCCGUUUUUCCUGCACCUGAUUUUCUACAUCUCCUGCCCCUACAACCCUUACUGUGUGUGCUUCAUGUCCCACUUUAACUUCUACCUCAUCCUCAUCAUGUGCAAUUCCAUCAUCGAUCCACUCAUCUAUGCAUUCCGGAGUCAGGAGCUCAGGAAAACAUUCAAGGAGAUUAUAUGCUGCUGUAACCUGAGAGGGCUUUGUGAUUUGCCUGGCAAAUAUUAA